CCCACGAAUCUGGAAGCUAUAAGCCGGACCGCUUGCAAAUGAAGUGUAAUGCAUUGUGGGACGUGUGUAAAAUUGGAUCAUUCGAGGGGGAGAGGAAAAAAAAAAGGGGAAGGGACCUGCCGCCCGCGCCCUAGAAGAGGUGGCGGCGACAUGGGCGCAGGUUGCGCCCCGGCGGUGCCGGCGCUAGGCUGAUGCCAGGCGUCGUGUGUCCGGCGAGCCACGAGGCCUGGCCCGUGCUGCUGCGGGAGGAUUAGGCUCGGGCAUCCUCAGGAUGAAGAAGACGCGGAGUACGACCUUGCGGAGGGCCUGGCCUAGCUCCGACUUCUCCGACCGGGCCUCCGACCGCAUGAGGUCCCGCAGCGAGAAGGACUACCGGCUGCACAAACACUUCCCACCAGCUUUUAUUUCGCAGGCAUCACGGGGCUACAUGACAUCAGGUGAUGUAUCACCAAUCAGCAUGUCUCCCAUCAGUCAGUCACAGUUUAUUCCACUUGGGGAAAUCCUUUGCCUGGCCAUCUCAGCAAUGAACUCUGCCCGAAAACAAGUCACACAAGAAGCACUAAUGGAGCACCUAACAACCUGCUUCCCAGGAGUUCCAACACCCAGUCCAGAAAUCCUUCGACAUACCUUGAAUAUGCUUGUACGGGAGAGGAAAAUAUACCCAACUCCGGAUGGUUAUUUCAUUGUAACCCCGCAGACUUACUUUAUAACACCAUCUCUCAUAAGAACUAACAGUAAAUGGUACCAUUUGGACGAGAGGAUACCUGACAGGUCUCAAUGUACCUCUCCGCAACAAGGAACUAUAACUCCCUCCACCUCGGGAUGCGUCAGGGAUCGAACACUACCCAAAAACCACUGCGACUCCUGCCAUUGUUGCAGAGAGGACAUGCACAGCAUGCAUGCAUCUACCCUACAGAGGAAAUCAGCAAAAGACUGUAAAGACUCAUACUGUCCUCCUUCGUUAUGUCAGGUCCCACCUACUGAGAAAAGUAAAAGUACUGUCAAUUUUUCUUAUAAAGCAGAGACGCUCACAAAGCCCAAGGAUGUAGAAAAGCAGUCUAAGAAAUUUGGACUCAAAUUAUUCCGAUUAAGUUUUAAGAAGGACAAGACAAAACAGUUGGCGAAUUUCUCUGCCCAGUUUCCUCCAGAGGAGUGGCCGCUAAGGGACGAGGACACCCCUACCACUAUACCUAGAGAAGUAGAAAUGGAGAUUAUCAGGCGCAUUAACCCAGACUUGACUGUGGAAAAUGUCAUGAGGCACACUGCACUAAUGAAGAAACUUGAAGAAGAAAAGGCUCAACGAAGCAAAGCAGGAUCUUCAGCUCACCACAGUGGACGAAGUAAAAGUAGGAAUCACAGAAAGUCUCAUGGGAAGUCGAGGUCACACAGCAAGACUCGGGUGUCCAAAGGAGAUCCAUCAGAUGGCUCUCAUUUGGAUAUCCCUGCCGAAAGGGAGUAUGACUUCUACGAUCCCUUGACUCGAUCCCCACGGGAAGGCUGUUUUAUAAUAGAACACAAGGGAGAUAAUUUUAUAAUGCACAGCAAUCCUAACAUGAUUGAAUCUCACUUUCCCAUGACACCAGAAUGGGACGUGUCUGGGGAGCUGGCCAAAAGAAGAACUGAAAUGCCUUUUCCUGAACCUUCCAGGGGAAGCUCCCACUCCAAGGUCCACCGGAGCCACAGCCAUACGCAGGAUAGACGAUCAAGGAAUGAGCGGUCCAGUAAGGCUAAAGAAAGGUCUAGAUCCAUGGAUAACUCCAAAGGACCUCUGGGUUCAGCUACUUUAGGCACACCUGAAGACAUAGGUGAAGGCUGUAGCCCAGAUGACCAAACGACUAGCCAAACUUACAUUGACGAUAGUACCUUACGGCCGUCUCAGUCACUCAGUCAUCAAAGGGCUCUGAUUUCAGCCGCAGGCUACAAAGAGACUUGCAUCCCUGAAAUAGCCAGUGGCAGUGUAGAAACCCCCAGUUCGUGUAGCCUGUUGGAACAAAACAAGCCUACGGAGAACUUGCCGUCGUACAGCGAGCUCAACUCCUGCACAACAAAAUCUGCAGUCGAUGACUAUUUCCAGUGCAACACGUCCAGCGAGACCGUGCUUACCGCUCCGUCACCGCUGGGAAAGAAUAAGGAGGAUCAUGACACGCUGACAGGGACAGACGGGCUCAAAAAAAUGGCUCCCUCAGAAAGACAGUCUCAGCAUGUUGUCAGGGAGCCCGGGGUGCACAAAGAGGAGUCCCCAAAGGGCCCGAGCAGUGGCUCAGCAGUAGCUGGCCAGACUCCAGAGGUGAUGGCGAACGGGCGGCUGGUCCAACACCACAGCGCUGAGUCAAGCAGCCUGGAUAAAAGGAAAGAAAUAUUUAGCAAGGAUACCCUCUUUAAACCUCUGCACAACACUCUUUCUGUGAAUAGUUACCAUAAGUCUAGCACACCCCUGCUCAAGCCCCACCAGAAGACCCCCUCUGACACGUUGCCGGUCCGAUGCGAGAAGCUGGAGCAAGCGAUAGUCAGCUCGGUCACGCAGGCCAUGCCCGGGUCACAGAGGCAGCAGGAGACAACUGGGAACCAGGAGGCCUCCUUCGACUACUACAACGUGUCCGACGACGACGACUCGGAGGAGGGGACCAAAAACGCUGAGGAAGAGAAGAACAGGGAUGACGUGGGCACCAUGCAGUGGCUCCUAGAGCGAGAAAAGGAGCGGGACCUGCAGCGGAAGUUUGAGAAGAAUCUCACUCUGCUCGCCCCGAAGGAAACGGAAAGCAGCAACAACCAGCGAGCCACCCACUCGGCCCGCCUGGACAGCAUGGACAGCAGCAGCAUUACUGUGGACAGCGGGUUCAACUCCCCACGUACUCGUGAGAGCCUGGCAUCCAACACUUCGAGUAUUGUUGAAAGCAACAGACGUCAGAACCCCGCUCUGAGUCCUGCACACGGUGGUGCAGGCCCAACCUUCAACUUCCGAGCCACCGCAGACCCGCCGACAAGCGAAGCUGAGAAACUGCAGAAACCAGCUAACUGCCUGCAAGCUUCUGUCACUAGUGUCUGAUAGUCAUCCUGCCUCAGAAUUUCUGUCUCAUCCUAUACAGUAAAGUUUACGACACUGGGACUGAUGUUUACAUCUUCGGGGAAAAAAAAAAAAAGCAUCUCAACCACAGUUUUAGUGUUUACUUAAACUGUGCUGCUAUGUAGACUAGGGGCAACAAAGAAAUCUUUAUUUCAAGGUAUUGCUUUUCACAUUUGCGGCUCUGUAGCAACAGAAUAGCAGUAGGGAUAAUAUGUACACUUUUUGCUUCACUUAAUUGUAACUGAGCACAUAUAUGAAAGUCUAGACACUGUAAGUGUAAUCUGCAUUUUCAAUGUCCAUGCAGUUGCCAACUUCAUUUAAAAUAAAAUGCCACAGAUGUGUGAUGCCCCCGGUCAGAAGCUAAGCUCUGCUGCAGAGUUCUUCUACUUCAAAAAUUGAGCCACUGCUGAAAGUAACCAGCCAGGAUCACCAUGAGGAAAAAUGAUGCCAAACGUGACAAGUGGUGACCUCAGCUCUAUCUGUGAAUUAUUAGUACCAAUCAGUCAUUUUCACUGUGUGUUUUUGGGACACAAUUUUGCAAAAUACCUGUUUAAGUGAGUAAAAAGAGGUCUUUCUUUUAGAGUACGGAGGGUGGGUAGGGAGGCAGCUUCCCCUUUCGUGUUUCAAAAGUAUGAGAGAUGUUUAUGUACUGAAACUUGCUACUUGACCUUCCAGAGUCAGAAAUGAGGAGGUAGAGGGGGGAAUGGGGAGGGAAGGGAAAGUUAUAACUGUCACGGAGCCGCAACGUGGAGUGACACAAAAUAUAGGGAAUAUCUUCAGUAUAAAUCAAGUAUUUAAGAAAGAUAAUCUAAUUCUUGUGUCACUUCUGGUAUUGCAACUCGCCAUCAAUAUAGGAAUCAGAAUAACUAAUUUCUUUGAACAAAAAUAUUCUUUGUGAUAUAAAUGACAAGUAUGGCCUGAAGAAUUGAUUUCUUUCUAGUGGAAGGACAUAAAUCUAUUUUAUGUAGCUUAUUAAAUAGAGUGCCUAAAUUAGGCUAUUAAAAAUAGCAUACAUUGUAGUGAUUAUCAGAGAACAAAAUUUAGAGAAUUAUAAACUUCUGGCCUUUUUAUUCAGUGGAUGUUAUUUGCAAUUUAGCAUUUUAUGGACACGUCUAGUUUCUAGAAAUUAAAUGUGUCCAUUUGGUUGGCAGUAGAAAUCUGAAUUCUGUAGGUAUGGUAUAUCCUAAUUGCUGUCCCCUAAACUGUUGCUCCAAAGUAAUUAAUACUAUGCUAAUUACUGCAGAGUGACUUCUAAGGAUAGUAGAACUUAAAGAGUAAUUUUUAGGUAUAGGGUCACAUUCUACUCUGUUACUCAUGCAACCUGGUAGUGCAACAAACUGACUUCAAAAUUAAUUCUAUCUUUAUUUUUUAUCAGAACAGACAAAUUGGUGGAAGAAUAACAAAGAUAUUAAAAUAUUCAAUAGUCCAAACUGUUGAAUACAAAAGGGACAUUUACACUGUCUAGCUCUUGUAGUACACAGGUGUUAAACCCAACUGUACAUAUUUAAAACCAGUGUUUUCAUCAGGUUCUGGUGACGUGUAUUACUCUGUACACAGCGUCAUUUGAGCUUCACUCAUGUUCUAUAUUGUCAUCAGAAGUCUUCACUGAAGGUUCAGCCUUAUGUUACGCAGUUGGAUAAAGUUCAUUUACUUAUAAAAAUGGCUUUCUAACUCUGGACACAAUCAGUUUCUAAUUCCGUCAAGGACAUCUAUAGUACCCAGUAAAUGCACAGGUCUGUUUUCCUUGGUUUCAAUGUAUAAAUUCCAUUUCAUGGGAGCAAUAAGACCUUUCAGUGCACAUAAAGGAAAUUAUUGUGCUUUUGGUUGGUUAUCAAAGUCACUUGGCCUUUAGCCUUCUGCCUUAUCAUACCUUCCAAGAUGUGCUCUAAUUACCAUAUAAUGCUUUGCAUGACGCAUCUUAUUACUCAGUAUGUAACUCCAGCCGUACUUAUUCCAUGCGAACUGUAGAGUCAGAGUUUUUGUGGGGAAUUGUCAUAUACUAUGCAGUGGCUGACUGUGAUUUUGUUUUCUGAGACAGCUCUGACAUCAGUAGUAUGUAUCGAUUCAGUAAAUAAAAAUGUCAAAACUUAAAAUAUAUAUAUAUAUAUAGCUGAUGAUCUGAAGUACUAAUGGCAGUAUUAAAAUGUGAACAGCAAAAACAAAUUUCACCUUUUGGAGAAAUGUUUGUUUGUCAUAAGCUAAUCAGAACUUAUGCAGGCAGCUGGUUGUACAGAAGACAUAAUUCCAACAAAAUAUGACAAUGCAUACCUACAAACUGUUUAGUAUGUAAUUUCCUAAAGUUCCCAGAGACCAGCAGACAACAUAAAUGUCAUAUUAAUGUUGACAUGGCAUUGUACCAAUAUUAAUGUGACUCUUGGAAUAUGGAAUGUAAACAGAAGUUUCAAAUAGAAACGUUCUAAUCUUGAAUUCUUUUUUUUUUUUUUCUUUUAAAAUCAACAAUGGAAUAUAAGGAAAUUCCAUCUUGAGGUUCUGGUAACAAAACCACGAGAGUGGAGCUUGAGUGCUUUAUGUCACCCUAAUCCUUUGAUGAAAUCAUAGCCUUGUAUUACAUGGUUGCUUAUCUGUCAUUCUUCUUCUAAUGUAUCAAUUUAAAGGUUUACAGAGUUAGAUUAGGUUGAAUCUGUGUUGUGUUCAACUGUAAAGGGUCAACACAAAUCUGUCGGCAUUUUGCACACUUAAUAUGUAUUAUUAUAAUACAACAUGUUACUUUUAUGGUAAUUUUUUUUACACAUAUAACUACCUCCAUGAAUUUGAUGAAAUGCAGCAACAUAAAAAGUGUAUUGUACAAAGCAAGGUUAAAAACUUUGAAGCAUUAGCUCAUGGCGUUCUCUUGUGUGUCAAUGCUUGCGUAUGAAGUCAUCAUGUUUCCAUUGCCACAAUUUCCUUUUACAAUAUUAAAAAUCUGUCUUUCAGAUGAGUCACUUAAGACUUUGACAAGGCUGCAUAAUUGGGAUAAAAGUGAAAGGGAGGCUCAAGCCUUCCAUCCUCUCCCCAGUUACUGCUACAAUUUCUGCCUGGUAGAACUUGAAAAUGUAUUUGUAAUUUAGCAAAUUAGGAACAUCUACAGUCUGUGAAAUAUGAUUGACAGUUUGGGGUUUGACAGAAGACACUCUGGGUAUUUUCUUGGCAGCCUUCAAACAUGCUGGGCCCUGUUCUGCCUCCGUUUUGCCAACAUAUCAGGUCAUGGUUUCUCCGAACUGGCAAGGGUGUUAGAGCAGCUCUUCCUUCAACGAUCCAGACUCUGUUUUCUAGAGUGUGUGCAUUAGAAACACUUGAUCCUAUAGAAAUUGCCAGCAGCUUUUAAUUGACUUCUCUGGGAGCAGUAUUGGGUCCCUACUCGAGGUAUGUGCCUAUUGUUCAAAGAACGUGGGCGAGUUUCCAAGAAAAAUGAAGCUGGCUUUUGAAAAGUAGCCAGUUGCAACAAGCCACCUUUCAAGAGGGAAAAAGGAAAGAUUUUCCAAAAACCAAAGGAAGAAAGUGGCAGUUGAACCUAAGCAGAUCACAUUUAUAUACAAACCCCGAUUUAUGAACACCUCUUUCAGCAAACCUGGUACCAUUAUCCUGAUGCAAGUUAAUAUACAAUCAUCAGCUGAGCUAAUUUAGCUGGUUUUAAGUAUUUCAGUUACAGACCAUGAGAAAUCAUUAUCCGCUUGACUCCGUGCGCCAUUGUGAAAUGUCCGUAAAACAGGCAACAACGUUCGCUCAACUUUAAAAAGUAAGAUGUAUUGGGAAACAAAUACUUUAAUUAAAACCAUGGCCCGAGUGCUUGCCAGCGGUAGUCAUUUUUAUAAAAGAGAUGGAGGCAAUCACAGACAUGGGUCAUACUUUGCACUUAAGCCAUGCCUUUUGCCCGAGGGCCGUGGAGCACUUCGCACGGUACCAGCUGAGCCUCCCAGCACAGAGGCAGGCAGACCUCACCGUCCCUGUUCUCUGCCGGGGCACACUGAAGAAAACAAGGCUGAGAGUCUGUGGAUGAAAUUAUUAACCAGUUUCUUCCUUUCUCUUCAAAAGUCACUCGAGUAAGCGUAGUAGUUGACCAAAGUGUUCAGUGUUUGUACUCCGGAGCUCAUCUUUUCGCGCAUUCAGUUUAAGUAAGAGGGAAACUGCUUUGCAGUCCUGCAGAGACUCUUAGGUUAGCAGUGCCAAAACCAGCUUUCAGUCUUACGAGUACUGCCGGCGGUGGUUUUAGAAACAGUUAUUUUAAUUAAAAAUUUGUUUUUCAAAUACAUUUCACAGAGCUUUUCCCAAUCGCGAUUCUUCAAAUUGUUGAGCUGAGAAAGCAAAUAGCACUCCUAAUCUGGUGUCACCCCCCCAGUUUACAAUUAAUUCUCUUUGCUCUUCUGAAGAAAGCUGUACAGUAUUAGAGAGAAAUGUUCUAUUUUUUACAUAAUUCUUUAAAAGAAAGCAAAGUAUAUAUCUAAAACGUUCCCCCCGACGUAAGUAAAGCGCAUCGAUCCUGCAUCAGCGUGCCCUGUGGCACGCAGCGGACCCAAGUAAAGCCGAGCUGGUGCUAGAAGAAAACGGGACUCACGCUCCUCUUGUAGCGGCGCUCCAGACGCUGGUCUCAGCCACGCGGGUGUAAAUCUGGCGUUAACCCCCCCGGCCUCCCACGCACCUAACAGAGAGCGGAAUUGGUCGCUAGCUCCAUUGAAGCUCAGUUCUGAGCUGAGGAUUUCCGCCUUCCUCCCCCCCCCCCGAGACACUAAACGCAGCCGAGGCGCAGAAGGCCACACGCACACACCUGGACCUGGAAAUGCAGCCUGGGGGUGAACCCCUGGCGAAAUGCAGCCGGCGGCCCCCUGCCCAGCACCUCCCGGGGCGGCCUUUAGCGCAGCACGAUGCCCUUGCGUCAUGUCCUGCAGUGGUUAGAGCCACCCGAAGGACACCCACCCGUAAGUAUGAAAGGGCCCGCGGGGCGAUUGGCACAGAUGUUACUUCUACACGUGGAGGAGGCGUUAAGUUGAAAGGGAUCAUAAUUCUGCAGGUAAUCUUCUGUGAGUGACUGAAUGUGGCUGUUGCAUUAGGUCUAAAUGAGUUACUAAAUGCAAGUGGGACUUACUGUAUGUUAGAAGGGAGUUUUGCAGCCAAGACUGCCUUGUAUAAAUGUGUUUGCACUGAAAAAAAAAAAAAAUUUAAAAAAUUACUUGGUCUCUGGUUGCUGUAAAGGUCAUCCAAGAUGGAUGUUCUGUUUAUAUUGUAUAGUAUUUCAUAUGAAAUAAUUACGGUUCAUGAAAUGUCUUCCCUAACGUUACUGAUUUAUAACAGCACAUUUGUAACAUGGUUUUUAUUGUGUCAGUGUACCAUAUUGUAAAUGAUGAUUACUUGUCAUGCUUAGUAUAAUAAUUUAAAGGAAAAAAAAAAAAGGACAGGGAUUUUUGUAAGUCUAUAUUUGAAAGUCCCUCCAUAUGGUAAUAUUGUGUUCAUGUUGUUUAUGUAGUGUUGUGUGAAAUAUCCAUUUUGGAUUGUGUUACUUUUUAAGAUAUUAAAUAACAU